CCGGUGGGGCGGGUGCCAGUUUGUUGUUGGUGCUUUAAACCUGCGGGGGUUGGACUGUUGUGGUGUUUUGUAAUGUCGUUUUGAUAUUUUGCACGUACGUAUGUUCAUCUAUAGUAGCCUUAAAUCCGAAGGUUGACCGGCGUAGAAGAAGCGAAAGAGGUUAAACCAUGAGGGCAGUGGCGGGGCUGUUGCUGUUGCUCCUGUCCCUGUCCGUGUUUGAUUUCCAGGGCAGGCUCUCGGAGGCGGUGGAGCUCGGGAAGCAGCUCCUCGGUAGCAGCGGCCAGAGGCUGCACAAGAGGAAUAUCUCCACCACCACCACCAACUGCCAAGAGUGGCAAGGAUUCCAGAGGAAUUUAACAGCCCACACCCACAAGUAUGAGUUUCUGGAUUUGAGUGGAUCUGUCACGUUAGCAUGGGUUGGAGAUGGAACUGGUGUACUCUUGGCAUUAACAACAUUCCAGCUGCCGUUAUUGGGAGUUAGCUUUGGACAGUCACGUUUAUAUAGAAGUGAGAAUUAUGGAAAGAGCUUCUCUGAUAUAACAAAGCUCAUCAAUAAUACUUUCAUCCGUACUGAAUUUGGAAUUGCAAUUGGCCCUGAGAAUUCUGGAAAGGUGAUACUUACAGCUGGUGUAUCUGGGCAAAGCAAUGGUGGAAGGAUCUUCAGGUCAAGUGAUUUUGGCCGGAACUUUGACAUUGUAAAUCUUCCUUUUCAUCCAGUGAUGCAGAUCUUGUACCAUUCCAAAAAUUCUGACCAUCUGCUAGCAUUAAGCAUACGUAAUGUUUUGUGGUUUUCCUCCAAUUUUGGCAAAACAUGGGAAAAUAUUCACAACUUUGUCUGUCUCGUUAAGUGGGGACAAAAUGACACAAUUUUCUUCACAACCCACCCCAAUGGGUCUUGUACAGCAAGAGGCCUUUUGGAGCUUAAAAGGACAGACGAUUUUGGAAGAACGUUUAAAACUAUUGGAUCAAAAAUAUAUUCAUUUGGAUUAGGAGGCCAUUUCCUCUUUGCUUCUGUUAUGACUGAUAAGGUCAGUUUAAGGGCACUCCACGUUUCCUUGGAUAUGGGUGACACCUGGAAUAUGGUACAGUUGCCUCAUGUCAGUACUGAACAGUUCUACUCCAUUCUGGCUGCAAAUGAUGACAUGGUAUUCAUGCAUGUUGAUGACCCUGGUGAUACUGGCUUUGGAACAAUUUACAUUUCAGAUGAUCGUGGAAUAGUGUAUUCCAAAUCUCUCUCGAGACAUUUGUACACAGCAACCGGCGGCGAGACAGAUUUUACAAAUGUCACUUCGUUGCGUGGAGUAUAUGUUACUAGUGUCCUUGUUGAAGAUGGUUCUGUUCAGUCUGUUAUUACAUUUGAUAGAGGAGGAGAGUGGAAGCCCUUAAGGAAACCAGAGAAUAGUGAUUGUGAUUCCACUGCUAAAAAUAAGGAUGAGUGUAGCCUGCAUAUUCACGCAUCGUACAGCAUCUCUCAGAAACUGAACGUACCAAUGCUGCCGCUGUCUGAACCAAAUGCAGUUGGCCUAAUCAUAGCACAUGGCAGUGUUGGGGAUGCGAUUUCUGUAAUGAUGCCUGAUGUGUAUGUGUCUGAUGAUGGUGGAUAUUCCUGGUUUAAAGCUUUAAAAGGACCCCAUCACUAUACCAUUCUGGAUUCAGGGGGCUUGAUAAUUGCAGUUGAACACAAUGAGUACAACAGUGUCAAUACAAUAAAGUUCUCUAUUGAUGAAGGCCAGUGCUGGUAUUCAUAUAAAUUCAUUGACAAACCCAUUGUAUUUACUGGCCUUGCCUCCGAGCCAGGUGCCAAGUCGAUGAAUGUCAGUAUCUGGGGCUAUGUGGAUCUCAUAAUUACUCAACACUGGGUAUCUGUAACCAUCGAUUUUGAGGAACUCCUCACAAGGGACUGUUCUGAUGAUGAUUAUAUCCAAUGGCUUGCACAUUCAAGUAAUGUUAAUGAUCCUAAUGAUGGUUGUAUGUUGGGCUACAAGGAGAAGUUCCGGCGUUUAAGAAAAUCUUCCGUCUGUCGAAAUGGACAUGACUAUGUUGUGAAUAAACAGCCCAAUGUCUGUCUGUGCACUCUGGAUGAUUAUUUGUGUGAUUUUGGAUACUAUCGAGAAGAAAACAGCUCGGAAUGUGUGGAACAGGCUGAUCUGCAAGGCCAUGAUCUGGAGUUCUGUUUACAAGGAAAGAAAGAAAUUUUGCAGACAAAUGGAUACCGGAAAAUUCCAGGAGAUAAGUGUUAUGGAGGGGUGCAAUUAAAUCGUUCGGUGAAAGACAUGAGAAAGAAAUGCGUCAGUAACUUGCUGGCACCUGAAGAAUUGUCUGAAUCCCGCAGAACCAGCUCUAUGCCAAUUAUCGCCACUGUGAUAGUAUUAUUACUUAUGCUGUUAAUCCUUGGAGUGAUCUUCAUCAAGAAAUAUGUGUGUGGUGGAAGAUUCUUGGUACACCGGUACUCAGUCCUGCAACGGCAUGCAGAGUCUACUACAGCAGAUGAACUGAACACUGCUGCAGUUGCUAAUAAGCCAGAAUACCAUGACGACUCUGAUGAGGAUCUUCUGGAAUAGACUGAUUUUGUUUGAAGAAAAUUUUGGUGAUACAAGAUGCUGUUUUGCCAAACAAACAGCACCGUAGUAUUUAGAGAUGCUGUUGCCACCAUCUGAUUCUCUAUCAAGUACCUACACUUUGAUUUUACAGCAUCAUGCAAAAGCAGUGUGACAUUUUUAUGAAUGUGAUACAUUUAGAGCUACAAUCAGAACUUUCCCACAGAUGCUUCUGGUCCUCCUGUGUUGGAAUUUGUUUUUCAAGAUUUUGAUAAAUGAGGAGAGGUAAACUAGAGGAGAAUGAAUUGUUAACAAUCAUAUGUUUAAAAUUGGGAAAAUAGUGGCUUUGGAGACUGAAUGACUGACUAAUUUGCAGAACAACAUUUAAAAUAUGCUCCUGGAUGCAUUGCUCCAAGCUUUUGAGGACUUCUUGUAUAAUUAUACAUUCUUCAACUUCCUCCAAUAAUCAGUGUCUCUUUCAUUUCUCACCAAGACUGACUUGUCAAAUUCAAAUAUAAGCAGUAAAUUCUUGAAGUUAUGCAAAUGUUGUGUAUUUUUUAAAUGCCACUAAAUGCAGGAUCCCUGGUAAUGUGCUUCAAUAAAGUCCCAGUUGUCAAUUUACAGAAGUUGACAUCUAUUGUACUGCUUUUUCCAAGAUGUCUUUCAUAUUAUUUGACUUCUUUAUUGGCCUCAAUAGUUUCCCUUGCGUAACAGUUUUAGUAUCAACCUCCUGAAUGAGGAAAGUUAAGUCUUUUGAACACUGUCCUGCCAAGAACUCUCAUUUAUACACCUCUAUGUACUUUAUGUGUGUAAAAGAUAUUAAAGAGACACUGAUGAAACCUUCCAGUAUUUUAUUAAGUGAGAUCUACUGUUGACUUUAGAAGUUAAUUUAAUGUUUUAAAGUUUUAUGCCUCACGACAUGUAUAAAUGAGGGUUUUUCACAUUUAGAAGAUCAAAAUCUUAAUUAGUUGUCAAGUAAGUUAAUUUUAUAGAAUUAAAAAUUAAUGCUUGUGCCCUGACUUGCUGCACUUCUGCUUCUUUCCUCGCUGCCGUAAAAAACAAGUGUGUAAACUAAAUACAAUGCAUGGAUUAUAAAAGUAAAUUAAAUUAACACUGGGUGUAUACCCAGAUAUAUUUACUGCAUAAUUUGUUACAUCUAAUAUUCUACCUUGCAUAUUUAUCUAUGGUAAUCUGGGAAAUAGUUUGAAACCAUUACAACAUGUACUUUUUAAAGUAUUUUUAGCAGAAAUGUUAUCUGAUUUCAGAAAUAGCUAGUUUAUUGGAGUAUUAACUGAAUUCAGAUGGUGAAAACCUCUUCCAAGAUUAUGACUAGGCUGUUAAUUUAUUUGCUUUGAGUUCUCUGUUCAUUUAUAUUUAGGUUUUAGAAUUGGAAAACAUUAUAACGUGUAUAUGUAAUAUAUUUUCUUUGCAUUUAGUGUUUUGUGCUACUCCCUUCUGUAUUACAUGAGAAAAGUAUGUAAAGUUGGACUUAGGACUUUUUGUAGUGCUGUGGUGUCAGAAGCUGUUGAUUUACUUAUCAGCACAUGUUCCAAAUUGUAUAGUCUUCUGUCCACAUGACUUAAAGGAUUCAGCGAGUUAUUCCAUUCUUAUUACCUUUUUAGCUCUUUUAAGAAGCAUUGUAUAUUCUCAGAUCGUGGCUGUUAAAAUUACUGCACAGUUCAUAACUAGAUCACUGACAGUUCAAAUUCAAGUGGGCAUGCACACAUUGAGGGCCAUGUAAACUUUAUAUCCUUGAUUAAGGCAUAUGUCUUAAGAUUUUAAGUUUCCACUUGAUUUUUUUCUGGUUUAUAUAAAUUGUUUUGUUUUUUAAAUUUCAUCUUGCUUAUGAUUCUGAAAGGCCUUAGACUUAUGAUGCUACUUUUGGAGAGUUCCCCAUAUGACAGAAUAUACAUAUUUUCAAAUUUGUUUUCUAAUCAAUAUGGUUAAUCACCCAUGAUCCAGAAAUGAAUGAUUAUACUUUGUAUUUCAAAAAAUCUUUAACAAGCUGCAUUCUAAAAUCUGUGAAUGAGUUUGAUUUUGACUAUUGGAGUUGUACAUAGUCAAACAAUUGAAGUUUUAGCUAAUAACUUGGCUACUCAGCUCAGUGUUUACAAUAGGUUUUCGUUAAAUAACUGAAAUGAAUCCCACUGCCAUACUAUUUUCAUAGUUUUGUAUAUCUUAUUUUGUUGCAAAUAUUUAUCUGACUUGCUAUUUUAAAAAGUGCUCAGAUUUUAAUGACGUUAAUGUUUUAUGUCCACAAAUGUUUGUAGUUACAAUGGGCAGACGCUACAGGGAUUUGUAUUGUUGAAGCUUUGGAUAGCACAGACUUAAUACUGAUCUGUGAAACUGCAGUGGGUUUGUUAUGACAUGUCCCAUCUCAUUAUCAUUGCCCAUAUAAAUGCUUGUAAAACUGCUUGCUUUGCAUUUGACUUCCUUCCUAGUUGGAAAUUUUUUAAAAUUUGCUUUAGAAACCACUCAAUCUUAUGAUUUUCAUUGUAUGUAUCUUUGAAGUUGUGGCAGUGUAGGAAUACCUUGCCCACCUGAUAUUUGUAUUUCUUGGGUGAAAGUAAUCUUCAAACCAGAACCAAAUUCUGAAGAUCAGUAGUGGAUAGUCAUCUCUAGAAGUAUAAAGUGAAGUGGUGAUAGGCUAUCGUUAGCUAAGAUGAACAUUCUGACAUGCAUCCUAUACUCUAAUACCAUCCUUCAGUCUUUCUCUCUCUUUUUGCUAAAUUCAUUGCUGUUCUCACCAUGUUUCUGUUUUGGUUCUGACAAAAGCACAGGCUAACAUCCAUGCUCUGCCAUCACUUAUGAAUGUUAUGAACAGUGUAAUAAAUCCAGAUAAUUUGUCUGUGUGAUGUUCACAAGUGUGGUAGCAAUUGGCCAGGAGUAAGAGUUAGUCAGUAAAGUACAUGGUGUGUUUCUUGAAUGAAAUUGAUUGUUUUGUUCCCUUCCAAGUCAACCCUUGCAUAUUUGGAAUUAAACCGAUUGUUUGUUUGCCAAUAAAUUUCAAAUUGUACAAUGCAAUUGGAAAGGCCUGUGGAAAGCAACAUUAAUCAAUUGUAGAAACAUUGUGCUAUAUGGUUUUAAUACAUCAGCCAUGAUCUGUACUUCAUAUAUGGUAGAAUUAAUUUAUGAUUUGGUUUUUUUUGUCAAUUUUAAUAAGAACCUAAUUAGCAUCUCAAAAGCUAAUAGAAAGCAAUAUGAAGAAUGUUGUUGAAUUAUUGCUUUUUUGCAGGAAUGCUGGUCUAUUUUCAAUGAUUUAAAGCUCAAGCAUUUUGUUUUCUAAUUUGUGAAUAAACGCGUCUGGAUCUUA